AUGGAUGAACCUAGAAGUUCUAUUGAUUCGAGAGCUCCGCUCAUUCCAGACAUGGAAAGAAAGGUUUGUGGGGGAUUUUUUUUGAAAAUAAUGUAUCGAUAGGGAAUUCUAGUAAUUGUUAUUGUCAAUUUAAUGACAUCAUUCAAUAAUUUAUUAAAGCUAUUCUGUACUUAUGAAAAAUUGGGCCUUUUGUAUUUUCUGAGACUUUCCUUUGUCCAGCUGGUUUUGCAUUGUUAUAAGUAAAAAGUAUCUUUUAAAUUUAUAUCUAACAAUCGAUCUUUUAUAUCUAACAAUUACUUAUAAAAUCGGUGAAAAUUAUGUUUCCAAUAGAAUUUUCCGAAAUUUCAGCGUAUUUUUAUAAUAGAAAAUUACAAUAAUUUCCGUAUGAACUCAAAUUUUAAAUUUACAUUUCUGCCUUGUUUUUAUCGUACUAUCUUUGAAAUAUUUUCAGCACUGAAAAUCACUUUCAAAUCCCUGUUUUUCUACAACAAAAUUGUGAAGUUAUUCUAAUAAUUAUCUUGUUAGUUUCCUAAUUAACACGUGAUAGGAAAUUAUGAAAUUUUCAAAAUUAGAAUACUUGAAUUUUGUAGUUUGCAUUGACUUAAAAGUUCAAAACUGAAAACAACACGUGUUUGAAAAAUCAUCACCUUGGCCUUUUUUUUCCUGUUUUUGUUUUCAUUAGAUUUCUUUUCUUAUUUCGAAAUAAAAACUUCCGAAUAUUCUUUUCUUUCUUCGGUCGCACGGAGAAUCUAUCAUUGAUUUUAUCGAGAACUCACAUUUAAAAAUUCACGAAUCUCAUCAUUUUGCCCCAUUUCCGUCCGAAAAUUCCUCAAUUUUUCACAUACAUUUGAAUUAAUAUAAAACCAAUUAUAUGCAAAUUCAAAAUUAUUUUCUUCAUUUUUUCCGUUUCUCUGACAAGAAGUUUCUAUUUUUAUCACUGUUUUCCUUAUCUGUUUUCUAUUUUCGGAAAUUCGGAAAAAAUAGAAAAUUUUUGCACUUUCAAAUCAACUGGGUGAUAAUUAAAUCCAAAAUAGUUCAUCUACAGUAAUCUUUGAAAACAAAUUUGUACAAAACAAAUUAAUUGACCUUGAAGAAUAUAAAUUUAUCACAAACUUUUCUAAAAUUGUACACUUUCAUUUCAUGUGACUCAAGAAUUCGACAAACUAAAAUUUUCAAAAGUCAAAAUGAAAAAUUGGAAGAAUAGUGUUUCAGUGAUCAGGAUUUCAUUGAAAUCUGAAUGAUAUCAUAAAAAUGAAGCGGUAUUUUUUGGAAUGUUUUAUUGUAAGUCCUUUUCUCAUCAAACAUCUUCUUCUUUUUGUUUUAUCUUAUCUUCUAAUGGUUACUGUCUGUUAUUUUGAAAUUCAAUUGAAACUUUUGUUCUGAAAAUAACCAAAGGUUAUUUUUUUGCCCUUCUUCUAAUUAGAGAAAAUGAAAAAAUAAUAAAACAUGAAUGGAUGUGUUGAAAAAAGACUCAUUCUGUUUGUCUGCGUCUUGUAAGUUUCAUGUUUUUCGAGGAUGUUACAUGUGACGAAAACCAAUUAAUUUCUUGGAUAUAUAAGUUUGUUUUUGGUUUCCUGAUUCAUUCUUGGUUGUUUACUUGUUUACAGUUGUUGACCAAAAAUCCAAGUUUCGAAGAAUUUGCGAUUCUUUGGUAUUUUUGGCAUGCUGUUUUUGAAUUCUGACUUUUACACAGUUAGAAUUCAAAGUUCUCAUGAAAAUUUGAACUGCUCAAUUAUGUUGUGAAUCAGAAAAUAUGACUUUUAAAAUACAAAAGCUCAAAAGGCGGCGAGGUCUACUGUAUAUUUGGAUUUCUCUUCCACGGAUCUCUAAAAAUAAUUUUGUUAACUCUUUUCCAGAAACAGAAAAUUAUCCGUGUCAUAAUAUAUCUAUUCCCAUGUUUCAUCUUUAAGCUUGCAAAAAUUGGUGAAAGUUUGAGUUUCACAUCUUUGAUCUAACAUGGUCAAAUAUCCAAAAUCUGGUGUUUGAUUUUAUAUCACCAGUUCUUAUUCGAUUCUCCAGAAGAAUCUAUAAAAAUCUUCUCACGUGACAUUGCGAACCCAAAAUGUUUUAUAUCUAUUUCGUACAACUUUAUCAAUUUUUAGUUGAUAUUGAACAGUGAACUUUAAUUUCGCUAUGAUAUAUCAGAAAUUGUUUGAUAACUAAUAGAAUUCCUACAAAUCUCCUUUAGUGUGUGUCAUUUCUUCUAUGUAUUCUUUUUCCGCAUCGCAAUGCACUCAUUUGGUUUUGGUUAGUCAAUAAAAUGACCAAUAGCCACCCCAAAAAAAAUCGUGUUUAUUUUCUGCUUCUCUUUCGAACUUCAUUCGUUUCUCCAUCUUUUUUCUUUUGUGGUUGUACCCAACUAUAAUAAAUCUUUUUCGUUUUUCCUAGACAUUCGAAUGUUUCGCGUUGAAAUUCUUCAUGAUCAAAAAUAGAAGACGGCUAUCAUUUCUUAGAAGAUGUUAGAUUCUAGUAACUCCCACUUUCAGAAUUGUUAUUUUAUAAAACCGAAAAGUACCCAGUAUGACUUGUUUUCGGUACAUUGUUUGUUAGUCAUUCUUUGAAAUAUGAACAAUGGUCUUUUGUGAUUCAUUUUUCGGUAUUUUGUUGGUCAUAGUAAGCCGAUCAAAGUUUCGAGUAUUUUUGAAAAUAAUUGAAAAAAUCCGUUUUGUUGAUUUCAUCACUCAACUUUUAAUUUUUUCCCGGAAGUUCAAAUUUUGUCUGAAUCUUUUGAGGUUCUGAGAAAGAUUCUGAAUACAAUCUUGUCUUGAUACUGCAGAGAUGUUCUGAAUUCCUAGUAUAUUUUUUGUGCCUAGAUUUUUGGGAGUUUCUGAAUAGGACCACGUUAUGAAAUAAUCCGAUUCAAAAGUUGCGCUAAAUUUUGAAUUCGAAAUUGGAAUUUAUUUUUGUCCCAAUUAUUUAUUUAUCUGAUAUCAAGUACAAAAAUUACAUCAACUAUCUUCUACCAAAAUAUCAAAAGUACUUUAAUCAUUUCAUGUGAAUCUCUUGUGAUUUAGAUAGUUCGGAUAAACAACUUGUUUCAGUAGUUUUGCAUCAUCAUUAUUAUUAUAAAAAAAUGUGUCAGAAAAUCUGUUUUCCCCGCCCAAUCGAAAGUUGAAAAAAAAAAUAAAACUAUUCUCUGAACUGUAUUAUUUUACUUCAAAUAAAAUAUUUGUUGUAAAAAGCAAUUAAAUCUGUUUUUUUCCGCUUCUGAUAUCAAAAGUAAAUAGAUCAUCAGAAAAAAAAAACAGAAUAAAAGAUGGGUGGCGCUUUUUCUUCUUGACCAAUUCUUUGUUGUCUCACCGAUUUUGACCAUUAUUACAAUAAUUUUUGAAAUUUUUUUGCUUUUUCUGAAAAACACAGACUUCUUUUUAGUUAGGGUUUUGUUGAUCAAGGCCACCAACUUCACAAAACGUUAUCUAAUUUGUUUUUUUAUCCAGAUUAUGCCAUCAGUAUCCAUUCAUAUAUUAUCAAUUGCCUUAUGUUUAUCAUCUGGUUUUCAACAAGGAUAUAUCGCAUCAGUUUUGAAUCAACCUUAUAAACAAAUUGAACAAUUUAUCAAUGCCACGUGGACAGAAAGAACUGGAAAUCCAAUUCCAGAAUCUACUUUGGUAUGUUUUUUUUUUUUUGGAAAUCUUGAAAUUGUAUCAAACUAUUUUUGCAGCAUAUGAUAUGGUCUUUAUUAAAUGUGUGUUUCCCAAUAGCUACAAUUUUCGGACAAUUUUUGGCUGGUUGGAUGUGUGCCAAAUUCGGUAGAAAAUACACUGCUUUAAUUGCCUCAUUUUUAUAUGUAAGUUAUCCCGGGACAAAUUGAAAAUCGAAAAAUAAUUAAUAUUUUUGAAGAUUCCUGGUGCUGUACUAUGUGCAGCUGCAAAAUGGUUGUCUGUCUUCGAACUUUUAUUCGUUGGUCGAAUUAUUUGGUCACUUGCAAAUGGUGUGAAUACAGUGAAUGCAACAGUUUGGAUUGUCGAAUGUGCUCCGCCACAAAUUCGCGGAAGAAUGGCUGCAAUGCAAGAAUUCUUUAUGGCACUUGGUUCACUUUUAACACAAGCUGUUGGUGUUCCUUUCUCAACUGACGAACUUUGGCCAUACAAUUUCCUUCCAAAUUGUGCUGUUGUUAUUGUUUCGAUGAUUAUGUUCUCAUGGGUUGCUGAAUCACCCCAAUUUAUUAUGGAAAAAUAUAAUGAUCCUGAAAGAGCGAGACAAGCUUUGGCACAAUAUCACGGUGUUUCGGAAGAUGAUCCAUCUGUUGAAUCAGAAAUGAGAAUUUGUGAAGAAAGUAUUGAGAAGAAGACAAAAUCAAAAGAUGGAAAUAAUAAAGGAACAAUUCAAAGUGAACAUACUGGAAUGGAAAUCAUGUUUAUGCCAUGGAGAGCAAAAGAUAGCACAAGUCGACUUAUCAGAUAUUGUGCAUGGGUUGGAGUUAUGGUUAAAAUCGCAUAUGUUUUCACUGGUGCUAGAUCAUUAAGAGGAUACAGUACAUUUAUACUUUAUACAUUAUCACAUUUCACAUAUUCACAAGCGACGUGGUUGUCAUUUGCAACCGGAUUAUUAAGAUUACCAUUCACUUUGGUUCCAGUUUUUCUUGUUGAUCGACUUGGAAGAAGACCUCUCAUUAUUGUCUCAAUGUUCGUCUCUUUUGUAUCAAUUGCUGUUAUGAUUCUAGCAAUUAAUUUGAAUGGCGACUGGAAAUAUGCAACAUUUAUUGGAUUGACUGUUUUAUUAUUGAUUAAUACUUGUGGAAUUGGAAGUGUUUCACGAUUUUAUGCAGCCGAACUUGUGCCAAGAAAUUUACUUUUAUCAUCGGUUUCAACGCUUACAAUGUUUGAAGCACUCACUAAAAUUGGUGUCGAAUUCGCAUUUUAUCCAACUGCAAAUGUGGUAUGUUUUCUUUUCAAAUUAUUUCAACGAAAAUCUUCUGAAACCCACAUUUUCAGAUUGGUGCCCAAGCUCUUCUUCUUUUCCUAAUUCCAACUGGUAUCUUCACAAUAAUGUGUUAUUUCAUGUGUCCCGAAACAUCUCGAAUGACAGUCAAUGAAGUUUUGAAUAAUGUUGCCAAAAAGCGAGAAAUGGAUGUUGUUUUCCCGAUGUGA